AUGGCCGACGACGAGGAGAGCGCGGCGCCGCUCGUCCGCGGCGACGAGCCCGACUACGCGGACGUGCCCGAGGAGCUCGCGCUCCGGAGCGGCGAGGGCCUCCUGCCCGCGCCGGCGCUGAGCGUGAACGUGAACGUCAACGUCAACGACCGGUCCGCGUCCGUGUCCGUGUCCGCGGGCGUCGGCUCGGCGUCCUCCGAGCCGUCGAGCCCGCCGGCCGUCGAGCUGGCCCCGCUGCCGCCCGUGCCCGCGGUCCAGUUCCACCCCGAGGCCAAGGACGAGCACCCGCGGCCGACGCCGCCGCCGUCCGCGCUGUCCGAGGAGGACCACCCGUCCGCGCGGUCGUCGCAGCACAAGCGGCGGAGCAGCCUCCAGCGCAUGAUGAGCUCGGGCAGCCCGCGGAAGAAGAUGUCCCUCGCGGACCUCAUGGGCCCCGUCGACGAGCCCGACGACGACGACGGCGGCGACGACCUCGACGACCGGCGCGACGACGUCUUCCCCUACCACCUGGCGCCCUACGGCGUCAUGAACCCGCUCCUCGACUGGCGUUUGGGCUGGGACAUCUUCAUGAUGGUGCUCAUCUUCUUCGUCAUGAUCGUCACGCCCUUCGAGCUCGCGUACGUGUCCGGCGGGCCCUUCAAGUCGAACUUCGACCGCGACACGUUCCGGAAGGGCUACGUGAUCCCCAACAAGCACACGGGCCUCUGGUUCUCGAACAUGAUCGUGAACUUCGGGUUCAUCAUCGACAUCUCCUUCAACUUCUCCACGGCCGUCUACGACGAGAAGCGGAACGAGUGGGUGCUGUCGUACGGCGGCAUCGCGUGGCUCUACGCCAAGUCCUGGCUCCUGCUCGACGUGGGGUCCAUCCUGCCGCUGGAGUACUUCUUCGCCGAGGCGAAGAUCGUGCGGCUCCUGCGCCUCUUCCGCCUCUUCAAGCUCGCCAAGGUGCUCAAGAGCCAGAAGCUCGUGGGCAACGUCGCGAAGCACGUCGACAUGUCGACGAAGAUGCAGACCAUCAUCACCUACUGCAUCUUCCUGCUGUUCAUGAUCCACUGGUCCGCCUGCGCGCUGCGCCUCGUGACGGACUACAACCUGGGGGACUGCGAGAUGGCCGCGGGCCAGUACUCGGACUGCCCGAAGACGGUGCUCACGGAGACGGGCAACUGGGGCGAGGGCAUCUGGGCCGUCUACGUCGAGGCCUGCAUCUGGGCGCUCAUCGCGCUCAACGGCGAGGCGGACACGAUCACGCACGCCGAGUGCGUCCUCGGGCUCAUCAUCAUGCUCAUGGGCGUCAUCAUCCUCGCGUUCCUCAUCGGCGACAUGUCGAACAUCAUGUCGAACCUGGACCCCGUCGCGAACGAGUUCAAGCAGACGCUGGACAACCUGAACGACUACAUGGCCAAGAGCGGCUUCCCGAACGCGCUGCGCCUCAAGCUCCGCGAGUACAUCAUGCUCAGCGAGCCCGUCUACCGCGACCACUUCAACAAGGACAUGCUCUCGAAGCUGUCGCCGUCGCUCAUCGCCAUCGUCGCGCGGCAGAACCUGGGCCGCGUCGUGAACCGCAUCCCCUUCUACGCCUACACGAUCCAGUGCGUCCACGGCUACCGCAAGGGCUCCAAGGUCUACGUGAGCUGCCCCGCGCCGGAACCCGAGGGCGCGAGGCCCGACGACGACCCGCCGCCGCCGGUCAUCAAGGAGGGCGUCGUGACGGGGCUGCCGGCGCUGCUCCGCUACGACGUCGCCUACGCCGACGGCACGAGCGAGCAGAACGUCAAGUUCACGCGCAUCAUGCAGAUGCAGGACCGCGAGACGAAGCUCACGCUCUACAAGCUCAACUUCCAGCGCGACCUCUUCGUCGCCAAGGUCGCCCACCUCUUCACGACGCAGCUCUUCAUGACCUUCGACAAGGUCAUCCACCAGGACCUGGACCAGAACGACGUCAUGUACGUCAUCGAGUCGGGGAAGAUCUGCCUCUUGAACUACGACACGCAGAAGGCCUACGGCAUCUGCCUCAAGCAGGACAACGAGUUCUUCGGCGACGACAUCGCCAUGCUCGCCUGCGGCGACCGCCAGAAGAAGCUCCGCCACUACAGCGCCCACGCGACGGCCGUGACCCAGCUCCACGCGCUCAACUCCGACGAGUUCCUCGAGCUCUUGGACUCGAACGUCGCGCUGUCGCUCUUCGCGCACCACUUCCGGGUCUGGGGCUGCUGGCAGCGCCUGAAGCGCUGCUUCGCGGGCGGCCGCGAGGAGAGCACGCGCCUGCGCAAGGCCAUCAAGGACGCGGAGGCGGAUAUCGAGGAGGAGGAGGAGCGAGAGAAGCACCCCUCGCUCUUCGACACGUCCGAGCCCGCCGCGCUCGAGGCGACGGACACGGCCGCGCUCCUCGCCCUCGUCUCCGACGCCUCCCUCCACGGCCUCGCCGAGUACUCCGUCGCGCCGCGCGAGCACGGCGCGCGGUCGCCCCACGCCUCCCCAGAGGCCCUCGCCCACCUCCGCAAGCUCGUCGCCGCGCUACGGGCGGCCUAG